UCCCGGCUCUCCGGGGGUGACCCCCCAGCGCUGCCCGGGCCGAUCCCGGCUCUCCGGGGGUGACCCCCCAGCGCUGCCCGGGCCGAUCCCGGCUCUCCGGCGGUGACAGGAGGCCCCGCCCGGGCCCGGCGCAGCUUCCGGGGCAGGCGCGGCCGUUCCGGGCGGUGCGGGCACCAUGGGGGUGACGCGGCAGAAACACGCCAAGAAGAUCAUGGGCUUCUACAAGCACAGCUUCCAGUUCCGCGAGCCCUUCCAGGUGCUGCUGGACGGCACCUUCUGCCAGGCCGCGCUCCGCAACAAGAUCCAGAUCCGGGAGCAGCUGCCCGGGUACCUGGGCGGCGCCGCGCAGCUCUGCACCACGCGAUGUGUUAUAAAAGAACUGGAAUCAUUGGGGAAAGCACUGUAUGGAGCAAAAUUAAUUGCCCAGAGAUUUCAAGUUCGAAACUGUUCUCACCACAAGGAUCCUGUGAGUGGUUCCACCUGUUUACUUUCUAUGAUUGAAGACGGCAACCCUCAUCACUUCUUUAUUGCUACACAGGACCAGGACUUAUCAAACAAAGUGAAAAAGAAGCCUGGCGUUCCUCUCCUGUUUAUUAUUCAAAACACGAUGGUGUUAGACAAACCUUCUCCUAAAUCUUUGGCAUUUGUUCAAAAGUUGCAGACAAAUCAGCUUGUUCCAGAGUACCAAAAACAAAGUAUUGUGGAGCUUAAAGAAAAAGAAGGACUAGCAAAGCAAGAAGGUGAAAAGAGGAGAAAACGCAAAAGGGCAGGUGGCCCCAAUCCACUCAGCUGUCUGAAGAAAAAAAAGAAGAAAACACAGGAGGGUCAGGAUCCUUCUGCUGAAAAGAAGAAAAGGAGAAAAAGAAAACGAAAUAGAGUUAAAGCAGAAGCCAUGCCAUCAGUGCAGAAGAAAGAAGGAGAAUAAGUCCAUCUAUGUAAACAGCACAUGGCUUGAACAUUGUUUGAACUUUGCAAAAAGAAAGAUUAUUAUGCAUGAAAUUGAGUUGUUAAUAUUAAAACUUAUUUUUAGUAGGUCUGCUUAUUAUCUUCUCUGUAUUGUCUGUAUCUUAACAUUUGCGGGUUAUUUCCUAAUAAUUUAUUCUUUUAUUUAGUAAUUGGGUUUGUGACAAAAUAUUUAGGAACCCUCACGUUUCAUUAUUCUCUCCAGCCUCUUGGUUCCUGUCGAAAUUCACAUGAUAUGUAGCAAUUUUUUAGAAAUGCCUCUUGGCUUCCAUAUGGAUUUUGGUGGGAUAUUAGACUUUUUUCUAAAUCAAAGUUGCUAUUCUUAUUAAGACUAGUUUUGACAAUUAGUCUGUUAGAGAAUAUGAAAUUGACCUAAAAUAACACAAUGGCUUAUUUAUCCUUAUUGUUUGGAUACAAAAGUUAACUCUUUUGCAAAGUGACCAGAUGCCCUCAGAAGUCCCAUCCAGACUGAAUUACUAUGUAAAUGCCAUGUGGACUGAUAUGUCUGUUGUUCUUGAUCUUCAUUUAUGAAGAAGAUCCCAGAGGUGCAAUUGUGUUGAUAUUCCUGGCAGUAUAAUGGCAUCUCUGAUCUGUCUAUUUCAUCUGUAGUUUAUUUUUAAUUUUUAAAUAGGAAGAAUAGAGUUUGAAAAUGCUAAAUCAAAGCACUGACCAACACCUAAUGCUGUCACAGUAUAGCACAGCUGUGCAGGAGUCCUGGAAUACAGGGCAGCUGACGGUGAUGGGACUCAGGCCCUGCUACCUGUUUCACUGUUCUGUAAGGUUAUGAACAGAACAGAACUGAGUUGGAGGAGAGUUGUGGUUUAACCCCAGCAAGCAGCUCAGCCCCACACAGCCAUUUACUCAACUCCUCCUACAUGGAGGUGGAGAGAAUCAGGAGAGUAAAAGUAAGAGAACUUGUGAGUUGUGAUAAAGACAGUUUAAUAGGGAAAGCAAAAGCCACACACAAAGCAAGGCAAAACAAGGAAUUUGUUCACAACUUCUCAUGGGCAAGCAAGUGUUCAGCUGUCCCCAGGAAAGCAGGGCUCCAUCAUGUGUAAUGGCGACCUGGGAAGACAAACACUGUCACUCUGAAUGUCCUCCCCUUCCACCUUCUUCCCCAGCUUUAUAUGCUGAGCAUGAUGCUGUAUGGUCUGGAAUAUCCCUUGGGUCAACUGGGAUCAGCUGUCCAGGUUUGUCGCCUCCAAACUCCUUGUGCACCCCCAGCCUACUUGCUGGUGGGGUGAGAGGCAGAAAAGGCCUUGAUCCUCUGUAAGCACUUCUCAAUGGCAACAAAAACAUCCUGACACUGUUUUCAGCACAAAUCCAAAAACACAGCUACUGUGAAGCAAACUAACUGUAUCCCAGCCUAAAGCAGCACAAAGAAGGAGCUUCCAAAUCUGUUUCAAGUACCCAAUUUUCUCUAGUAGCUAUUGCUUCCUAUGCCUUCUUACGUGUCUGGUGGCAUUAAGUCAGAAGUGAGUGACUGAGAUGACAUAAUAGAGGGGUAUGCACUAUAGCACACGCUAUGGCAUAGGUGUGCUUUCACGGUGUUCCCAGUCAUCACUGCCCAGAUUUUUAAUUUUUCUCAGUGCACUUCUUCUUAACCAAGAUGUAGUCCUUAAAAGCUUUCUGUUUCUUCAUCUGUGUGAGUUUAAGCCAUGUGCCCUAAACAAUUCUUCAGCCUCUGUA